GAAGCGGAGGAGGCGGGGCACACUAUGGCGAAGGUUGGGUCCCGCAGGGUCGGGCGCUCGUGUCGGGGCCAGGGACAGCGGCGGCCCACGACCUGGGAGAUCUCGGACUCGGACACUGAGGGGCCCGUCGGCGCGGGAGCCGACUCAGAGUCCGCCGUGAGGGCCCGGGACCCGGCGGAGAAGCGCAGAGAGGCGGCCGAGGCGCUGCGGCUGCUGCGGCCCAAGCAGGCACUGCGGCGCCUGGCGGUGCGCGUGGACCCAGCCAUCCUGGAAGAUGCUGGUGCUGACAUCCUGAUGGAGGCCUUGGGCUCCCUGGGCUGUGAGUACCACAUCGAGCCCCAGCGCCCCGCCCGGAGCCUCAGGUGGAGCAGAGUGAAGCCAGAACCUUGCCCCUGCAGUGUGCCUCCUGAAGUGUGGGCUGCGGGUGAGCAGGAACUUCUGCUGCUGCUGGAGCCUGAGGAGUUUCUGCAGGGUGUCUUCCAGCUGACCCAGAUCUGUGGCCCAGCCUGUUCAGUGCCCUGGAUCUCUCCUGAGAGCCCCGCCUGCCUUCACCUGGCUGUCAUCGGGCUGGAUGCCUACCUGUGGUCUCACCAGCCCAAUGCCCAGGAGAUGCAGCAGCCAGAGAGUCCAGGGGCAGCCCGUGCAGAGGUGGCGGUCGGCUGGCCUGAAGUGGAGGAGGCCCUGGUGCUCCUGCAGCUCUGGGCAAACCUGGAUGUGUUGCUGGUGGCCUCCUGGCAGGAGCUGAGUCAGCACGUGUGCGCCUUCACUAAGGCCCUCGCCCAGCGCCCCUUCAAGCAGUUCCAAGAGUCCGGGACCUUUUCCUUCUGCACGGCUGGGCGCUGGGUGGCAGGCGAGCGCGUGACAAAAGAUGGCACAGGGCUUCGGGGGGCCUGGUGGCGACAGAUUAGGCAGUUCAACCGAGUCAGCCCGGCUGUGGCUGAUGCUGUUGUCACUGCCUUCCCUUCUCCCCGCCUUCUGCAGCAGGUGAGCCCCCUUAGACUCUCAGACAUGGAGGCCAGGUCCCCGAGGCCUGCCCUGCUCAUCCCCGAGGCCUGUCCUGCUCAUCCCUGUGCCUGCCCUGCUCAUCCCUGUGCCUGCCCUGCUCAUCCCUGUGCCUGCCCUGCUCAUCCCUGUGCCUGCCCUGCUCAUCCCUGUGCCUGCCCUGCUCAUCCCUGUGCCUGCCCUGCUCAUCCCUGUGCCUGCCCUAGGCGUACUUGGCCUGCAGCACUGAUCAAGAGCGCCUGGCCCUCCUGGCUGAUCUCCCCGUGAAGGUGGAUGAAGGCGCUCGGCCCCGAAGGGUGGGGCCUGACCUUUCCCGUCGCAUCUGCCUCUUCCUGACCUCCACCAACCCUGACCUCCUGCUGGAUCUGAGCUCCUGACCUGCAGGGCCUUCUCCCACCAACUGAACAGAAGGCACCCCAACAAGGGAGAGACCAGAAACCAAAGGGGCGGGGGGAAAAGAGCUCACCCAGCACAGCUGUCCCUCAGCCUGGGGAGGGGCUCAGCCAGGUCUGAACCCAGGGGAGGCGCAGGGAGAGGAAAGGCUCUGGGUAACGAGCAGAAGAAACUCCACGUGGGGCUGGAGGCUGGGGCAGGGCCCUGCGCACACUGGCUGCAGGCCUGGGGCCAGCGGGGACAGCGGGGAGAGUUGGGUAGCACCUAAGUCCCUGCUGGGGGACAUGCACCAUCACCUGGAGGCGUGGGGGUGGCACCUUCAGAGAGAAGUGAGACUGAGUCUCAGGGGAGAAAAGAGAGCCAGGCUGCCUCUUCCCCAAGGGUACUGCAACACAACCAGGACCACGGGAGAAAAGGUCUUGAUGCGGACUCCUUUUAAUGCUACCACUAUGGAGGUGUUGGGUAUAAACUCAGAGUUUAUUACGAUCGUUUCAGUCUCAGACAGGAGGAACAACUGACAACAUGCAAAGCAAGUGAGGACAAACCCAAGGUCCCCGAAGGCUGGCAGCUACAGGAAAGGUGACAUCUGAUGAGGCCACAGACUACAGCCUCCAGGCCAGCAGGCUCCGUCCAGAAGAGCUGGUGUGGCCACUCAUAAGAGACUCCAAGGAGAGAAGCAGCCGCUGCCAUGCCCCGCACAGGAAACAGAUGGAUUCAGUUCUGGUCUCAGGAUCCCAGGGCUGCGGCCUCUGAACUUGCGGCAAGGCCUGCUCUAGCCUCUGAGGGCAGGGGACGGCCCAGACAGACCUUGGCCCAACUCCUCCCUCUCGUUACUCUGGAGCAUGGCCUGAGGGAAAGGAUGGAGAAAAUGCUGUCCUCGCCUCAGGAGGCAGUUUUCAUUGGAAAAUAAGUUAGGUCCUUCGGCAGCG